GGGUCCUUCCCCCCGGGGGCGGGGAGCCGGGAACGGAUUAUUCUCUGCGGGGCAACACAAACAAUUUCUCCUAGGUAAGUAUUGAAGCCGGUCCCGAGCGGAGAGGUCUGACGGUGGGUCGUGAGUUAACUUUCCCGAACUCAAACAAGAGAAAAUCUGCAGAUUCUGGAAAUGCGAGCAACGCGCACAAAAUGCUGGAGGAACUCAGCCGGCCGGGCAGCAGCUAGAAAAAGAGUACAGUCGACGUUAUCGGCCGAAACCCUUCGGCAGGACUGGAAAAUAAAAGGUGGGGAAGGGGAAGGGUGACGAGCCUGCGGUCGUACUGUGACUGUUUCUUUAAGAGCGCCGGCGUGAGGAGGCGGGACUAUGACGCCAGUCACAGACUGUCAGCGCUAACUGUGGAUUAACCAUAAGAGAGAGAGAGAGAGAGGGAGCAAUCUGCAGACAGGCAGUCGGCCAGUCUAAAGAGAGAGAGAGACUGGAAAAGCUGAUAGCUUCAGUUACUCGCAUCUGAGGCUUGGAACUCUCCUAUGCCCACAAGAGUGGGUUGAUCGUCGGUACAGGAAAUCACAACGAAUGUGUGUGGCUGUCACUUCGUAUAAUCCAUAGGAGUGGAUUGUGGAAUAUCUUGUGUUAACCCUUGCCUGGGUAUGUUGUGUGGUAACCCCUGGCAGACGGUAUUCCUGUGACAAGUCACUUUCGCUGAUAACACGUAAGUGGACGGAUUCAACGGAUACGAACUUCGACGACAGUUAUUUUGAAGUAAUGGCCUUUUCUCUACGUUUCACCCUUGAUUACCAUCACCUUUUCUCCCAUCAUUUAUUCCGUGGAUUACUGAACUUUCCUACUUUACCAUCUAAAGACUCUAAGCUUUGUUCCCUCAGGCUCGAUAGUUUGGGGGUUAUAUUUACACAUAUGUAACUGUUAACUUUCCUUUAUUUCGUUAAGUUAUUAUAAGUAGAUCCCAAUCAAGAGAGUGGUUUUAACAUCAAAUCCAGACUCCAAUGUGAACUCUAUUGCUGCUGGUUCGUUUCUCAAACGUUACAGUGCGUAACACAGCUUUAUAAAGCUAGUUAGGCGACAUCUGGAGUAUUUCAUACAGUUCUAAUCGCCCCCAUUCUCGGAAAGAUGUCGGGGCUUUGGAGAGGGUGUGGAAGAGGUUUACCAGGAUAGUGCCUGGAUUAGAGGGCAUGAGCUAUAACGAGAGGUUGGACAAACGUGUUGUUUUCUCCAGAGUGGCACAGGCUGGGGUGAGACUGGAUGGAGGUUUCAAGAUUACGAGAGGAAUAAAUAGAGUGGACAGACGAUAUAUUUCUCCUGGGGGUUAAAAUGUCUGAUACAUUAAAGGUGAGAAACAGAGUAGUGGGUAGCUGGAGUCACUGCCUGGGGUGUGAGAACCCACUAGUCACGUGAUCCCAUUUGCCCCUCCCAUUUAACCACAGAUGGACAGCUGUGCAUCUGUUUCCGAGGCUCCGCCCUCCAGAUUAUGUAACAAUCUAUUCCUGCAUGCUCAUUGCUCACUGUCUCCAUAUGGACGGUGUAUUCCUUUCUGCUAAGCGCAGAAGUGGAUCAUCUGCGGGGUCGGUAAAGUAUUAUCGCCUCCUGGAUUGGGGAGCCGGGGAUCGGGAGCUGUCUGCGGGCCGAAGAAAUCCCUUUCCCAUCGGUUUAAAACGACAAGUAAUUUAUCUACAGGAAUCACGGACACAACACGUCAGAUUUUCUGUCUCUGUCAAAAUAUCUAAGAAUUGGAGCAAUCGAUCAUUCUUCCUACUCUGACUGUGGGGAGGGAUUCACAUGAUAAUCUGACCGACUGGCACGCCCAUCAUUUUAUUCAUGGGGAGGCCAUUCACCUUCCAAGACUGUUGGAAUGGAUUCAGUUGGUCAUCUCAACUGAAGAUACAUCAGCAAAUUCACCCUGGGACAAGGCCAUUCACCUGUUCUCAGGGUGAGAAGGGAUUCAGUCGGUCAUCCCAACUGUGGGCACACCAGUCAGUUCACAUUGGCAAGAGGCUGGGCAUCUGCUGAAUUUGUGGGGAAGGAAUCACUCGGUCACCUGACCAAAUGGCUCACCAGCAAGUUAACACUGGGGAGCUGCCGUUCACCAGCUUGGACUGUGGGAAGGGAUUCAUUUGCUCAUCUAAGCUGAAGGUGCAACAGAACGUUCACACUAGAGAGAGGUCAGUCUGUGAGAAGAGAUUCACUAAGUCAUCCCACCUGCAGAGACACCAGCAAGUUCACACUGGGGAGAGGCCGUUCCCCUGCUCAGACUGUGGGAAGGGAUUCACUUGUUCAUCUAACCUGAAGGUACAUCAGCGAGUUCACACAGGAGAUAGGCCAUUCACCUGCUCAGACUGCGGAAAGGGAAUCACUCAGUCAUCUCAUCUACAGAGACACCAGCGAGUUCACACUGGAGAGAAGCCAUUCACAUGCUCAGACUGUGGGAAGGGAUUCACUAAGUCAUCCCACCUACAGAGACACCAGCGAAUUCACACUGGAGAGAGACCAUUCACCUGCUCAGACUGUGGGAAGGGUUCACUAAGUCAUCCCACCUACAGAGACACAAGCGAGUUCACACUGGGGAGAGGCCGUUCACCUGCUCAGUGUGUGAGAAGAGAUUCACUCACUCAUCCCACCUACUGAGUCACCAGCGAGUUCACACUGGGGAGAAGCUGUUGACAUGCUCAGACUGUGGGAAAGGAUUCACUCGCUCAUCUCAGCUGAAGGUUCAUCAGCGAUUUCACAUUUGGUAGAGGCAAGUUACCUGCUCAGACAUUGGGAAGAGUUUCUUUCAGAUGUGCAUAAAUCUCCAUCAAAUGUGCAUAAUUGAGUUCACACUGUGGAGAGGACGUUCACCUGCUGUGAAUGUGGGAAUGGAUUCACUCAGUUAUCUAACCUUAUGACACAUUACCGGGUUUCACGCUGGGGAGAAGGUUUCAAUGAGCUGCAUGCUGGAUAUUUGUCCAUCAUCGUUGCUGAAUGCAAUUUUGACAGUGACUGUCAUUGUUGAACUCUGCAAUUAUUGCUGUUGCUCACCACACCCAAUUCUGCACCCUGGUCACUGGGCAUGGGAGGAGUU